AUGGGAUUCCAUUGCAAGGACUUCAAAGUAGGAAAAUGCCAAGGGCAGAAAGUGGUGGAUGAAGAGACCAUGCCACUGGUGCUGCUACCUCCAGAGCCUGACAAAGGAGACAUAGAGUCACUUGUGUUGGCUCUGAAGAGGAACAAGGACUGGUUUGAGCAAAUGAUCGUCAAGAACAGUGCUGUUCUCCUUCGAGGUUUUGAUGUGAAGGAAGCUGAGGAUUUCAAUGAUAUAGUUGAAGCAUUUGGGUGGGAUGAUAUUCGAUAUGUAGGGCCUGCUCUCCGCACUCAUGUAUACAAGCGAGUAUGGACUGCCAACGAAGGACCACUUUCUGAGUUCAUAUACUACCACCACGAAAUGGUUUUGAUAAGUGAUUAUCCCAAGAAAGUAGUGCUAUUCUGUGAGAUACCACCACCAGAAGGUGGGCAGACACCCUUUGUUCCAAGCUUCAAGGUUACUGAAAGGAUGCUGGAGGAGUUCCCAGAAGCAGUGGAGGAAAUAGAGAAAAAGGGGUUAAAAUACAGGUUUACAGCUCCUAGCAAGAACGACAAAUCCUCCAUGAGAGGCAGAGGUUGGGAGGAUGCUUUUGGGACGUCAGACAAAGCAGAGGCAGAAAGGAGGGCAAAGGCUCUAGGAAUGGAUGUGGAGUGGCUACCAAAUGGUGGGGUAAUGACAACAAUUGGUCUUCGCUGUUUAACAAAGGUGUUUGAUGGAAGAAAAGGGAGGAGAAUGUGGUUUAACACUGUAGUUGGGAUGCAUGGGAAGGAACAGAGCUCUGCAUUGAUGGCAGAUGGAACAGAAAUACCAGAAAACUUUGUAAAGAGAUGCGAACAAAUCAUUGAAGAAGAAAGCAUCCAAUUUAAGUGGGAGAAGGGCGAUGUUCUUAUCCUUGAUAACUUGGCUUUGCUCCAUGGAAGAAGGCCUUCUUUGCCUCCUAGGAAAGUUCUUGUUACUGCAUGCAAGUAGUUUGAUAUUUGGGUGCUUAAUUGCUAGAACAUAGAAAUUAGUGCUUCAUGUCCUAACAGGGGCUGUGGUGAUGCUAUGUGCUUUGCAAGUUUAUUGGUAUUUUUUCUGCGACACUAUCAAGGUUGGAAUUUGAACUUUUGCACUACAAAGCAAGCACUCAAUCAUUGGAUUGCUGGCAUUAAAAGGUUUUAUUUCUAAGAUUGUUUUUAUAUUGAUGUAUGGAGCUAAAUUUGAGACCCGCA